AUCCAAACUAAAAUAUCCCUCCGGCCAAAUUUGACCGUGGUUGAGUGUCGGUCACUUCGUCUAAACUCCACGUCUUCAUCGCCGCCGCUAAAAGUCAACAUAUAUUCUCAAACUCAACUCCAGAUCUAUUUCACUGUAAUGUGUAAUGUGUAAUUUGUGAAUCCGAGUUUGAAUUAGAGGCGAUGGAUUCGGUGUCGAUCCGUGUUCCUUACAAAAACCUCAAGCAUAAUGCCGAUGCGGAGGUUGAAAUGAUGAGUUUCCAGGAAGAAGCUGAUCCACGGAUCGAAUCCGAUAAUUCGAAUAGAUUUUCUAAUGGAAAUGGCUCCAAUUAUUCCUCUUCUUCACCUCAAGGAUUGCCGACGGAGAAUUGUAGCUUGAUUACGUUGAUUUUGAGCUGUACGGUGGCUGCCGGAGUUCAAUUUGGUUGGGCCUUGCAACUCUCGCUUCUUACGCCUUAUAUCCAGACACUUGGAAUAGGGCAUGCGUUCUCUUCGUUUAUCUGGCUUUGUGGGCCCAUUACAGGUCUUGUGGUUCAACCUUGUGUUGGUAUUUGGAGUGAUAGAUGCACUUCAAAAUAUGGGAGAAGACGACCAUUUAUCUUAGUUGGAUCCUUAAUGAUAUCAAUUGCUGUGAUAACAAUCGGGUUUUCUGCAGACAUUGGAUACUUGAUUGGAGAUACAAAGGAACAUUGCAGUGUGUAUAAAGGUACACGAACAAGGGCAGCUUUUGUUUUCAUCAUAGGUUUCUGGAUGCUAGAUCUUGCUAAUAACACCGUUCAGGGCCCUGCUCGAGCUCUCCUGGCUGAUUUAGCAGGCCCUGAUCAGAGGAACUCAGCAAAUGCUAUAUUUUGUUCAUGGAUGGCGAUUGGAAACAUCUUAGGGUUUCUAUCUGGUUCUAGUGGAAAUUGGCACAGGUGGUUUCCUUUCUUGAAAAGUAGAGCUUGUUGUGAAGCAUGUGGAAAUUUGAAGGCAGCCUUUUUAGUUGCAGUGAUUUUUCUUACAUUUUGCACACUGGUGACACUCUAUUUUGCAAAAGAGAUCCCUUUAGCACCAAAACAGCAUAAAAAGUUAUCAGAUUCUGCUCCUCUUCUUAACAAUCAUCAUCAGACUGGGUCUGAAAAUUCAGAGUCAAAACCUCUGACAAAUUCGGUUGACCAUAAAGUUGUUAAAUCAUCUGAGGUUGAAGAAGAAGAUCAAGUUGAAACUUUUAAUGAUAAUCCAGGGGCAGUUUUGGUCAACUUGUUGACCAGCUUACGCCAUUUACCAGUAGGGAUGCAUUCAGUGCUUAUUGUGAUGGCUCUCACAUGGUUGUCAUGGUUCCCUUUUUUCCUUUUUGAUACGGAUUGGAUGGGGAGAGAGGUUUAUCAUGGGGACCCAAAAGGAGAUGCUGCCAAAGUUCAAGCCUAUGAUGAAGGUGUUAGAGAAGGUGCCUUUGGUUUGCUAUUGAAUUCAGUGGUUCUUGGUAUCAGCUCUUUCCUGAUUGAGCCAAUGUGUAAGUGGUUGGGUUCAAGAUUAGUGUGGGCGUUGAGCAACUUUGUUGUGUUUGCCAGCAUGGCAGGGACAGCUGUCAUUACCUUAAUUUCUGUUAAACAAUCUGGAGGAAAUCAAGAAAUUGUUGGAGAAAAUGAGGCAAUCAAGAAUGCAUCUUUGGUUAUUUUCGCCAUUCUUGGUCUUCCCCUUGCUAUCACUUACAGUGUUCCCUUCUCUGUCACCGCAGAAUUGACUGCUGAUACAGGUGGCGGCCAAGGAUUGGCAAUUGGAGUUCUAAAUCUUGCAAUCGUUAUACCUCAGAUGGUGGUGUCACUUGGUGCGGGCCCAUGGGAUGCGUUAUUUGGUGGAGGGAAUGUUCCAGCAUUUGUUCUUGCUUCUGUAAGUGCCCUUGCUGCUGGUGUAUUUGCAUGGCUAAAGCUUCCGACUCUCUCAACCAACUCUUACAAGCCAACAGGUUUUCAUUUUGGGUGAAACAACUGCCACCCUGUACACAGUAUUAAGCCCCAAAUGUACGAGGUUUUCAAAGCCAUUCUUAAGAUUCGUUCAUUUUUCACAUGUUUUGGGUUUGUACCUUUAUACAUACGAGCACUGUAUAUCGUUUAUAGUGAGAAAGAAAUUUUAGCGUAGGACAACCAAUUGAUGUUCUUUUUGACAAUCAUGUAAUCUAUAAACUAAACCCACUACAUUAUUAUAUCAACGUUAACUUUUUGGUGUAAAAUAACUCUUGUAGUAUUCUUUGGGAAUAAUAUGAAGUAUGAGAAAGAUAACCUCGAGAUUUAGUAA